ACGUUUGUAAAGAACGCUCCGUAUACCGUGCCCUCCACGCGCCUUGCAGGUAAAGACUUCAUCCGGCGAAGAGGAGAGACCAUAAAAUCCAUUCCGAAGUGAUAUUGCUGUCACUUUCAGUAACUAGCUAUUGGAAGUAUAUAAUUCCUAGUCUUCUUCAUUGCAGCUUGAGCUUUUGGAAGAAAAUGGACUUUUUCUUUAGAAGUCCAAAAGAAGAGUUUUUACCAUCAGAGUGUCUCUUUAGUAAUCAAGCCUUCCAGAAAUGCCCCUUUUUGAGGAACAUCAAUGAACCCACUAUCUUUUCCUUCUCCUCGCCUGUGAAUUUCCCUAUACCUGUAUGUGGAGUCAAAGGUCCAAUUUUUGAAGAUGGUCCAAACUUUGAUACGGCAUUUCGUCUUUUUCAUGGUCGUGAUGGAGUGGUUCCCCUCUCAGGAAGGUUCCUGGAGCCCGAAUCGAAGUCUAAUCCUGCACUCCAGUUUAAUCCUUUGGCUGCAAAAGCAGCAACAAUUACUCUCUCGGCCUUUGGACCUGGAGGGUCUUUUAGUUUUGGUCCCUUGGCUGAGAAGUUUAAGAAGCUGAAAAAGAAACCUACUACUCAGGGGGGUCCUUCAUCGCAUGAGGCAAUGAGCAAUGACUGGUUGGAUACAGGAAACUGCCCUAUCGCCAAGUCCUAUAGAGCCGUGCACAACGUCCUACCGUUAGUUGCAAAAUAUGUUCAACCUCCACCAGGCAUGAAAUUCAAGUGCCCACCAGCAAUAGUUGCUGCUAGAGCAGCCUUGGCACGGACAGCUCUCGUGAAGAAUCUUCGUCCACAACCCUUGCCAUCGAAGAUGAUGGUGAUUGCAUUGAUGGGGAUGGCAGCUAAUGUUCCUUUGGGAGUAUGGAGAGAACAUACCGUGAAAUUCUCACUUUCGUGGUUCGUGGCAGUACAUGCAGCUGUGCCUUUUAUAGCCAUGCUUAGGAAAUCCGUCUUAAUGCCAAAAACAGCCAUGGCUAUCACAAUUGCAGCAUCAAUUUUGGGUCAGGUUAUUGGUUCAAGGGCUGAACGGAUCCGGAUUAAAGCAGCAGUGGCAGCACAGUUAGGAGGACGGGUAGCAACAGUGGGAGCAGAGAUUUGUAGUGCAGUUGAUGAUCAGUCCUCUAGUAAUGUCAAUACAUAUCUCAUCAAAAGUGGUAAUUGUGGCGUUGAGGGCAACGGAGUAAAAUGGGUUUCCCUUCCUCUGCUCAAGACUGCUGGUGCUUAACUCACGCUGCUUGAGCUUUGUUACUGACUUUCGGUAAGUGUCCGAACAAGUUUAAGAUAUGAUCAUCUUAUGCUGUACUCUAAUGUUCAACUGAAAGACCCAGUCUAAUUUAAAGGGACACUGAGACUAUUAUUCUCGGUGUUUGAUAAAAAAAA